AUGAUGCAGAAUAAAAGAAUGUGCUUCCCCUUCGCCUUCACCUCUGUUCAUUACAUUCGUUCUUCACAUUAUCGUCACAUCAGCAUUCAACCAAUUUAUGGUUUACAUCAAUACUUACCACCCACCAUGGACACCUUCCCAUUUCUCCUCUGGCUUCCAGCCAGCCCCCUCAGCCUCGCCCUCCUCGUCCUGGUAGCCAUUCUUGUCAGCAUCCUGGUUACCUUUUACACCACCAAGCAACACUACCAGAACUCGACAUUGAUCACCACCACUACUGCCACCAGACAACAGACCCCAAAGGAUCACCAGCCGCAACUCCCUGCUGCCAUCCCCGAGACAAGACAACAACUCGUCCAGGAGUCACUACUCCCCGCCGAGCAGCCCAGAGCAGCAGUUCAGGAACAGCCCACGGCAACGCAGCCGAUCCCAAUCCCCAUCCCGACAUCACCAGUAGGCUGGCGCAACUCCUUCGGUUCUGCCGUGAUGCACCCCUCCAAGAGGGAUUCGCUCGUGAGCUCGGUCGGCGCAAGAAAGGGGAGCUACUGCGCUAGGUGCUCCUCCUGGCCGGUGUCGGAUUGGGACGGCAGCGGCAGCGGUUCCGAGGGGGAGGUGGUGGGGGGGAGUUUUGGGAGGGAGGUGACGUUUGGGUUUAUGGGGGCUCAUCUUUGA